UCACCGCGCUACCAAGUGUUGGCGUGUCUGCGUGUGUGUGUGUUGUUUAUCCAGUGUGCAGUACUCGCGUAUUUCAGAUCAAGGCAAGUGUGUUGUUACAGGGCAUCUGUCUUUUUCUUUGUGCAUAUUAAGUGAUAAACAAACGACACGAGGGAUAGAUAGGCAUAGCAUUUAUCAUUUAGUAUUAGUAGUGUAUAGAUAGAUCUGUAUUAGUGUAUAUCGUGGAUCGAGAUUUAAACACGACAAGUCUAGCGUCUAUAUUUACAUAAUCUAGAUCUAGAUUAACAUCCUUAACUUAAGAUUAUAUCUAAUAAUUCUAAUAUAUCUAGAUCUAGAGUCUAGAUUGUAUUAAACUAGACGAGACUGUGAUCAUGUGUUUUCAUUAUUUGAACUAGACUUGAUCUUAAAUGCAUCAGUGCUCAUUGGAUAUUGGAUUACAAUAGAUCAAACAAGGACAAAACCAGACUGUGCUAGAACCGUUGUGGAUAGCAGAUCAAUGUCAGCCUUCUUAUGCUGUCUUGAAUGACCUUUGACCCCUUCUAAGAGCUGGUCAUCAUAUUCACAUCGAUGACGAAAGUGCUAGACCUAUGAUUCACCCCACUGUGGCGGACAGCGCCAGAUGGCACCGCCCGAGACACCGCACAGAAAGUGUUUUUGAAAUUCAAGACCAGUGUCUCACGCUCGGGCACAGACCCUCGGGCAACAUGAAUUCCCGAUUUCUAUUUUUACCACAGUUCGUGUGUAGGUAUACUCACGUUUUAUCCUGGAUUUACCUGACUUUGUGGAUUUUCCCGUUUGCCGUGAGUGCCCAAACGACACCAGACGACGAAACAGCGGAUUAUCCCGAUUCAACAUCGAACACGUCAGUACAGUACGAUGAUGAAGCUGACUGUCCAAGUUGUGACAUUGGAGGGCGUAUCGCUGGAGCAGUUAUCGGUUCCUUACUGUGUGGGUUUUUGCUUGGUGCUGGACUUAUGUAUUUCUACUUAAAGAAAUUUCAGAAUAUCUAUGAGGAGCCUGUUCCACCAAAAGAUUAUGAUUUACCAGACACUCGGUUGGAUGUUAACCGAAAUGACGACUCCACAUACGAAAGCAGCAUUCCUAUGGGAGGAGACCAGGCUGGCGUCAAGAACCACAAAAAACUUGAGAGGCUUGUAAAAAAGCCAACCCAGAAAACUCAAGAGCCCAUUGAAAUCCCUUCAGCCGCCACACCUCUGAUACAUUUCUACGAAAGCCCAGGGGAAGACAAUCCUGGCAUUGUGGUAACUCCAAGCAGUACCAAAAGCAUCGUGGACGACGGUGGAAUCAUGUACUCCAACACUGGAGCCGAGAGCCUCAAUACUCAGCCCUACGAGUCUCUCGACAUCAUUCCAGAGGAAGUAGAAUAUGAGAAUUCCAAGUUCAACAAUUAUGAACAGAUGACCUAAAGGUUUAGACCAGUGGUUCCCAAACUUUUCUUAGCGGAACACUUUGCACAUUCUGGGUAUUUAGUGCAACACUUUGGUUAUUUUUCUGAGAAAUUAAUUCACGUGGUGGCCUACUAGUUAAUUGUUCCAGUAGUUUGUGGAACACCUAGUCAGGCCUUGCAGAACACUAGGGUUCCAUGAACAUAGUUUGGGAAGCACUGGUCUAGACUAUACUGCAAACACAAUACAAAUAUAUGACAUUUAUAUCAUUUUGUUCUGGAAUAAUGUUUUUGUUACUUACAAAUGUAUUCUUUUAUUGAAAAUUUUUAUCAGUUUUGUUCAAUGAAAUAGUUUGUUUUUAUUAUAUUACUAGUAUAGUUUUCAAAUAAUAUUAUUGAUAUUUUUUGUAAAAUUGUUUCUUAUUUAAACUAUUGUUGAGUAUACCAACUUUGUUUUGUAGUAGGCUACUCAGAUAUGAUAAGUGAAUGUUUUUUAAUUUUAUAUGUAUUCAAUCUUUCUCUCAUAAAAUUCAAGAUUAUAAUUAUGCUUUUUUUUUUAGAUUUAAAAUGGGUUUUGCUUUGUGAAGUUUCUCUCUUGCAAUGUGUUUCUAUACAUUCCCUUGCAUAAAGUGCUUAAGUUAUUCUACUUUAAAUUUUUUUGUAAACUUUAAAUUUGGUCUCUGCAGAGAUUAAAAAAUUGUUUUUGCUAAUAAUAAUCCUGUUAGCUACUUUAUGGUACAUAUCAAACAUAGAUUUCAAUGUUGUUUGGGUUUUUUUAAGUUUCAUGAGUAUAUCGUUUUGAGUAUAAGUUUUAGAUGUUCCUUCAGAAUGGUUGGUGAUGGAAGCUGGCAGUGUUCCAAACUCACAAUUAUUGUGAUGACAGUCCGAAAUGAAUACCACAUGAUCAGCAGAUAGUUCAAAUGAGCCUUCAAUCAUUACCACCCAUGACUAAAGCAUAGUUGUUGUAUACACAAGCUUAUAUUAUUUUUUAACCAUACUAAUUAAAGCUGGAUUAGAUUAGUUUAUAAUUGAAAUUAUAUAAUACUUAGAUUGACACAAAGAUACAGGCACAUUUCUUAUUCCAUAUUCUAGACCAAAUUUGUACAAAUACUCCUUCUUCCCUAGUGUUAUUAGAGCAUGGAGUGGGUUGCCUGAGCUAGCCAGGAAAAUCAACGACUUGGUAGAGUUUAAGUCACUGAUUAGCAUGCAUGACUAAAUUGACACAGGGGCAUGCGUAGGACGUAAUUAUCUUUUUUUUUUUUAAGUACCGGUUACAUCAGUAACUUAUAAGAUGUAGCAGUUAAUUUCAUUAUUGUGAAAUGAAUAUUACCUAAACUUUGUGAAACAGAUAAGGCUUAGGGUUGCAAGCUGAUGGCUGCCUGGCCUUGUGGUCAACCCUUUGGUCUGUUUUCUAGAUGGUUCUAAAUUCAAACCAUACAUACUGUCACUUCCUGACCUCCUGAAGCUGAUGUUGGCUCUGAAGCAAUAAUCGCCAUUUCUGAAACUCAACAAGUCAAUACUGUAGGAUAAGGAUAGAAAUAGUGUGAUAUAUUUAUUUAUAACUUAUGACUAGAAUUCCUAACCAGAAAAUGUAAUAAUCCUCAUAUCCAUGUUUUCAAGUUUUCAUUGAUGACUUAUGUUCCAAUAUGAUUCAAUGAUCUUUAUUUGUACCGUAUUUCUUUGAUCUUUACAUAAACUGCUUUCUGCCUUCAUAAACUGAAGAGUGCUUAUAAUGCUAGCUUCCAAAAUGUAUUUAUUCUUAACAUUGCUCUCUUCCUGUAAGACAGUGGUUCCCAAACCUUUUUCCUUUACGGAACACUUCGCACAUUCUGAGUAGGCUAUUUAACGGAACACUUUUCUUCUUUUUUUUAGAGAGAUUUUAAUUCACGUGGUGACCUACUUUUUCAUUAAUCCAGUAGUUUGUGAAACUUUUGUAGAGUUCCACAGAACACAGUUUGGGAACCACUGCUAAAAGACAAUCAAUUAAAUAUAUUCCAUGUUCAUGUAUACAUAUCAAUAGCUGUGUUCUUCUGUGAAGUUAGAAACAAGAGAUACAUUUCAGAGGCUUUGGCCAAAUGCUUUACUCUGUGCCUUUACUUGGAAUUCUCAUAUUUUUACACAUAGAACCCGCUGGUUUUACAAACAGUCAACAGCUGUGUAGGUAUACAAAAUUGAUUUUACUCAUAUAAAUAGCAUAAAUGAGACUAUGGACAUAGGGGGUGGGUCUUUAUACCUCCUGUGGUUGUGAACUGUACAUUGGAAAGCUUUAAAAACAUCUCAUUCCAAACCUUAAGAAAAGAAAUAGCACUGAUGAUAGUGCAUUAUGUACCGGUAGAUUACUGCCAAUCACGAUUUGCAUAUGCGGAAUACAUAAGGGUGGGGGGUCAUACGAUUUUGUUUUUACUGAUUUUAUAAUUAGUGCGGGGUAUAUGUGCGAAAAUGUGAUAAUCUUAUUGAGAAAAAAAAUGUGCUCAGAUCAUUAUAUGUCCUUGUUAUAGCAUGGGCUCAUUAUGUAGCCUUGUUAUAGCAUGGGAUCAUUAUAUGUCCUUGUUAUAGCAUGGGAUCAUUAUGUAGCCUUGUUAUAGCAUGGGAUCAUUAUGUAGCCUUGUUAUAGGAUGGGCUCAUUAUGUAGCAUUGUUAUAGCAUGGGACCAUUAUGUAGCCUUUUUAUAGGAUGGGCUCAUUAUGUAGCCUUGUUAUAGGAUGGGCUCAUUAUGUAGCCUUGUUAUAGGAUGGGCUCAUUAUGUAGCCUUGUUAUAGGAUGGGCUCAUUAUGUAGCCUUGUUAUAGCAUGGGCUCAUUAUGUAGCCUUGUUAUAGGAUGGGCUCAUUAUGUAGCCUUGUUAUAGGAUGUAUUUCUAUUUUAUUUGAUUUGAUUUAAAUUGCUACGCCAAACUCUGGUCCAAUCUCUAGUGUGGACCUAACCAAACUCAGUGCAUUCUGGUCCAAUCUCUUGUGUGGACCUAACCAAACUCAGUGCAUUCUGGUCCAAUCUCUUGUGUGGACCUAACCAAACUCAGUGCAUUCUGGUCCAAUCUCUUGUGUGGACCUAACCAUACUCAGUGCAUUCUGGUCCAAUCUCUAGUGUGGACCUAACCAAAGUCAGUGCAUUCUGUUCCAAUCUCUAGUGUGGACCUAUGGUGAAAGAUGGGAGAAGUUUCCCAUGCUGCCUUUAGAUUUAGGUGCUCCACAAACACAGCUUAGUUUAGGAUUUAAUUUUUAGCCCCCCUUGAUAGGUGGCCACGUUGCUUAUACUACUCAACCACACUGUCCAUUUUUGUGAAUUUUUUUUAAAAACUUCUUUUAUUUGUGUCAAAUUAAAAAAAAAAAAUUUCUUAAGAUUUUUUUUUUUUAAUUUAUAUUGCUAAGUUUGAAAUGCUGUCCUUACUGCUUGAUUGACAUCUUUGAAAAAAAUUAUAGUGUCCAGAGUAGAGCAUAAAAUCACUUUCUAAAGCAGGGGUUCUCAACCUGUGGGUCGCGACCCCCUUGAGGGUCGAAUGACAAUUUGCCAGGGGUCGCCUAAGACCAUCGAAAAUUGUCUACUCUUCUUUUGCUGUAUGUGUGUGUUUGGAGGGGGGGGGGUCGCAGCAGAGUGGUGGAUUGUAAAAAGGGGUCGCCGAGCAUAAAAGGUUGAGAACCGCUGUUCUAAGGUAUCUCUACGUCAAGAAUAACCACAGACAAAAAAGUUGUCGAUUUGUCUUUUUCCAUUUUAGUUGUGCCAAUAGUCUGUCUUUUUACAUUUUAAUUGUACAAAAAAUCAUUUGACAUUUUUCUUGCAGUUUUAUUUUGUGAGUGCCAUGAGAGGACGUCAAAGACCUUUUUUUUUUUUACAUUCUAGACAAAUCAGCUUUUGUAUAGAGCCUUUUUCAUGGUUAUAGCACUGCUCAGUGUGCUAUGGUCAAAGCACUUUUGUGGAUCAGUGGGAGGAACGGGUACGUGGGAGAAGGUUUCCAUUCUGUCUUUAGAUGCUGAGCACAACUCAUCUUGAGUCAGCAUUCGAACUCAAGGCCCCUUGAUAGCUAGUCAAGUGGUUUAUGCUUAGUAACAUAUUGCUUGUUUGUUUGAAAUUAAAAUUUCUCAGAAAUUCAGGACAAACAAAUAAUAAAUCUUGUCUUCAAGUUUGAAGAUUAAGGAGGAGUGCAGUAUUUCAUGUGGUUAAACAGUCCUAGCUGAGAUCUAGAUCUGCCUAUUUUGACACAUCCAGCGCAGACAACCGUUGACUGCCGACAGUCGGUUUAGGUUCUCUUUCCGACGUCUACAUCUAUCCUUGGCUAUCAAUUUCCUUUUGGUCUCAAAUGUGUAUUUCCGGGCCUUUGUAAUAAAUGUCCAGCUGUCACUUUCGAAAGCCGCCAGGUGCUCUCUUCUUCAUCAACGACCUUUCACCUGCCGUGCAAAACCUCACAAAGGGCAGCAAAUGAUAUUGUUGAAAAUAGCAGACGACCAUUUUUGGAACCGAUUUAAAUAUUCAAUGUGAACGAUGACCUUUCGAAUGCAGUUUGGUCAAAGUUCAAACUAUUAAAUACUUGAUCUAUGCCAAAGGAUAUAUCACUAUUAAGUGCAGAUCCUAAUUGAAAAUAUCUCCAACUUGUUUUGUUGUUUUAAGUGUUUUGUUGUGGAAAUGUUACAAAUUACUGCAAACAUUCCUAAAGCAUGUGACUUGUCAUUCCGAACUGAUUCGUUGUACUUGAUGAAGUAACAGCACUCCAUUUCUUCUCUCCCUCUCCUAUUCCAACUUUGGUGACUUCAGCAGUGGAAAGUUCCAUUGUUUCGUCAUCUAAUAUAUGCUUUUUGUUGUAUUUGUUUUGGUUUUUAAAUUAUGCAUAUAUUUUUUAUAAUUUAUAAUUUUGUAUUAGUAAUAAUCAUCAAAUGUAUGAAAUCAACAAUUACAUAUCAAAGAACUCUCUUGGCAUUUGUCAAACAUGAAUUAUCUCCCUGCUGGCUUUCAGGGCAUUGUUGUAAUCUAUAAAUUGUAAAUUGUGUGUCAAACCAUUGGGCCAAUACAUUCUGUGUUCAACUAUUGGACCAAUACAUUGUGUGUUAAACCAUUAGGCCAUUAUAUUGUGUGUAAAACCAUUAGGCUAUUACAAUGUGUGUUAAACCUUUGGGCCAAUACAUUGUGUGUCAAACCAUUGAGCCAUUACAUUGUGUGUCAAACCAUUGUCCAUUACAUUGUGUGUCAAACCAUUGAGCCAUUACAUUGUGUGUCAAAGCGUUGAGACAUGUGUCUUACCAUUUCUUUUUGUCUUUUUAUUUGUUGACAGAAAUAAAAAAAUAUUUUCCUGUC